AUGGGUAACAAUCCUACGAAAAAGAUUCGUGAACGCUCGCCAUAUGACUUAUGCUCCUACAACGACUUUUUGGAGUAUAUUCGGGAAAUGAAUAGGAAGUAUGUUUUUGCUAUUUAAACAAGAUUGAACUAAUUUUUUUAGCUACCGGAAGUUUCAACUUCAAGAAGAUAAUUAUCUGUGCUUUGCUCUGCAAAAAAAGUGCCAUUGAUGAAUUACUGCCUUUCGAAUGGAAAUCGACUGUCGAAAUCAUUUGCUGCAAGGUUUUUUUUUAAAUAUAAGCUUUUUUUGUCAAUUCGCUUUCAUUUUUGGGGAAAAAAACUACAUAAUCUUGGUCUAUAUCUAUCUUUUUUGCUGUCUUUACUAGGAAAAUAUUGAGGAAGGAUUUUUUUUUUUGAGUGUUGUCAUAUGUCUGUAUUUAUCAAACGGAAAAAAAUUGGUUCAACUGAGAUUUAAAUGUUUAUAUUGAGUGUAUUAUAUCUCAAUAGAAAAUAGAAAAAUAUUAAUACAAUGUUUACAGGUCGAUCGAGCGUCGAAGAAGCUUAUUUCUUGCAAAUAUCUGUCGUUCAAGGAGUUUAUCAACGCUUAUGAAGUCCACAAGAUGUUGAUGGAAAAGACGAACCAAGUUGACGUGAUGACAUCCAGCAAAUAUGUGUUCAGUGAAACGUUAGUUUGAAACAAGAAAAUAUUUUUAUUUAUCAUAUUUUUUCAGUUCGGACAAUGAGGGAAACUGUGUGAUCUGCAUGGAGGUCCCGAAUGAGGUAAUUUUUCGUUUUUCUUGAAUAAUUCUAAAAUUCAGCAAGAGCUUUAGUGUGUUUCGAUCUCGGACAUGAGAGAAUAAUUGAGCUCAAAAUAAGACCAUAGCCAACGCAAGUGGGACAUAAUUUUUAGGGAGAUUUUCUAUCAAAGUUUUUUCAAACCCUCAGAAACUUUUCGCGAAACCAAGCCCACAGCUUUAUUGUUUUGCUUACUCAGACAAAUUCAACACGUGGUUAAAAGGUGUCGGAAACCUAGAAGAUCUUGUGAAAGCCUUCGUAAGGUGAAAAUGGAGAAAACCUGCCAGAAGCUUCCCAAAUUUUAUCUUGGUAUAACAAUUCCUUCCCAUUUUUCUCCGAAAAUGAAAUCUCGAAGUUAUUUUCCUUAUUUGGAUUGCAUUUCAGGUCUUGUUGCCGUGCCUUCACUCCUUCUGCCUCGUGUGCAUUUCCAACGAAAUAGAGUUUCGCCCUCAGUUUUGCUGUCCAAUCUGCAAGAUGCGCAUUGAAAAGCCUAUCGAAUCGUCUUGGGAAGUUGCCGAUGCCCCAGACCCGGAAGAAGUCGACGGUUAUUUGAGGGAACUUGCUAAUUAGAUCCUCAUUCAGUUGUAAAAGUGUAAAAAAAGUUAAAAAAACGGAGAUUAAUCUGUAAUAAACCAAAACAUGUGCAAUUAUUUGUUGAUUUCGCGUUUUUGAACUGAAUUAUUUUUGAAUUUGCCCACUGUAUUAUAUGUAUUUAUUUAUAAAUCUUGUCCACUUUUAGGCUAGAUUUUGUUACUACCCCUGUUUUCUGGAAAGCAGAUCAUUUUAAACGCUCAUUCCGUUUUGAAGUUUAUUCGUUUAAAAAAAGCUAGAUCGUAUUUGUUUUUAAAUUUUUGUUUCUUCUCCCGUUUGAUUUUCUCCCAGUUUCUUUUUUUCCAGGUUCUAUUUUGUACAGACGAGUUGCCAAGUUUUACACUGCUUCAUGCGAAUGCUUUUGCACUUUAGUUGUCAAAAAACAUUCCGGGUUACGUGUUCAUAUUUCUGUUGUCAAAUGCAUAAGUUUGUUCGAAGUUGUUCAGUAAAAUGUUCAAAGAAAAUUUGUGUGCUCAUCAAAUUUGAAAUGAAAGAAAAUCGCAAUUGAAUCAGGUAGAAAAACUAGUUCAAUUAGGCGUAUUAGAAAAGGGAAGACAUAAGUAAGUGGUUUACAGAUACAAAUAGCGAGUGGAGGUUGUGUUGAAAGAUUCAUUUUGGUUCUCUUCGAUGUUUCUCUUCUUCGUACUUCUGAGUUUCCUAAUGUAUCUAUUCGGGUAGGGAAUCAAAAUUGCAUUUUUCAAAGUGUCGAUAUCUCAGAAAAAACGUAUGAGAAAAUAAUAUUGUCAUAUAAAAAAAAUGGUUGUGUUAAGUUUCGAGUUUUUUUCUCAAUCUACACGACAUCCAACUCUUCCGUUUUUUAUAGCUGAUUUUCGGAUAGCUUGGGACUAUGAAGGGGCGUGGCGUGUCUGUGCUCUCCACGAGCCAGGCACUGUCCCUUCAAUUAUCGUGCCAGGACCCUUAUUCGACGACUCAAGUCAGCCGCGAACCAGUUGUAUGGAUUAGUUAAAUCAAAUUUUUGGCAAAAACUAGAAAAAAAAAUCUGCAGAAUGAGAAAAAGAUCUUCACAACAAAAAUGUCCUUUUCGAAAAAAGAUGUCAAUAUAUGUCAGAGUGAUAAAGAAGUACAGUAACUAGACUUUCGGUACAUUGUAGCCGACGCGAGUUAUUUUUUCGCGCGGGACAGAAAAAGUACAGUAAGUGACUGUUGAGUACAGUGUAGCCGAGUUGAGUUGCAAUAAAAGUUUUUUGCCGCGCUAUCACAUCUCGAUGGCUUUCUUUCUUCUCUUUCUGGCGUUCAUAUUUUCCUUUUUCGCGUAAGUUUUUCUAUUAGUUGGUUUAAAGUACUUCGAGAGUUCCAUAAUUUUGGGCAUAUGAAAAAGAAAUAGACGAGUUUUUUCAAGUGUGCAAACAUCACAGAAAAUGUUGUUCUUUUUUUCAGUUUUCACAUUUUUUCAGCGAUUCACUAUUAGAAUGGAACUCCAACUAGUUUUUUUAAUUUAACCUUUGAAAUGAAGCAAAAAAAGUGUUCAGAGAGUGUAGUUUCUUCAAAAAAAUGUCAUUCUUUAAAAACUUCAUUAAAACACCUUUUUUUCAAUAACGAAAUAAAAAGAGGUGAAUGGAUAAAAAAAUGAUCUCAAGGGUUUUUGGAGUUCAUAUAAGAAACUUCUUUCCAGAUAUUUUUCAAUGGGUUCACGGGUAUUGGAAACGCAAAGGGAUCCAAGGACCGCCUGGGAUUCCAUUUCUCGGCAACUAUAUGCAGGUCGCAAACGUACAUAAGCCACGAUAUUUUGUACUAAACAAAUGGACAAAGGUUUUUCCAAUAUUAUGUUUCUAUGGUACUUGAAAUUUUCAGAAGUACGGAAAAAUUUUCGGUUACUACGAAGGAGCAACAAAAGUCCUUGUGGUCAGCGAUUUGGAUAUGCUCCAGGAACUUUUUAUCAAGAAGUUUGAUAAUUUCUACGCCAGAAAGGUUGGUAAUUUCAUUUUUCUUGAAAUAAUUUUUCGAAUAUUUUUAAGAGUUUGACGAUUCACGGUGAUUUGGAAGACGUGAAAGAGGAACCGGAGAUCACUCUUUUCUCUUCUCGCGGUUCUCGCUGGAAACGUUUCCGAACCCUCGCAAGUGCAGCGUUUUUCGGUCAAGGGUUUAAAAAAGGUAAACUGAUAAGAAUGAACCAAAACCUGUGCCAUUUUUUUGGACGAUCGCGGAGAGGCCAUUUGUCUUCUUUUUUUUAGAUACUUUUUUUCUGCUGCUGAAACUGAGACCAUUAUUUAUGAGAAAAUGAGCUUUUCAGCAUUUUUUUUCAUAGUUCUACAUGGGCAAUGUUUUCGAGUUACCUGCGUUAUAUUUUUGAAAAAACAUUCAUCAAAUGUUUAAAAUUGAUCUGCCACGUUCAUGAGCAUAGAGGAAUCGUCACAAGCCUUUUUUUGGUCAAACUUUGGUUUGUAAUCAGCGAAAGAACGCACCAAAGUUCAGGUUCACCCAAUCGUAGAAGAUAGUGCCACUCACUUGGUCAAGUUUUUGGAGCCUCAUGUCGACAGCGAACCAAUCAACAUUCACAAGUGAAAACCUGAAGCUCCAACUAUUGUUAAUUCACGAUUUUCAUUCAGAUUCUUCCAAGAAUACACCUUUGACGUCAUUAUGAGAAUAGCGAUGGGCCAAGAACACAGUGAAAUGUUCACUUCGGAUAAUGUCCAAUUGUUGAAAAACGUAACGAUAAAUGGAUAAUCUCAUAUAGUUUCCUAUCAUCCAGAUCUUUGCGAAGCCUCAUCUCACCAUGCCUUGGUAUUUGGCCCUCAUGUUUCCUGGUUAUGAGUACUACGUCAAAAAAGCUUUCAUCAAUCAUCCGAACGUGAAAGGAGGAGAUGUUGGGAAGUUGCUCCGUAUCUGCGUGCAGGCCGUGUCUUCGCGAAUUCAGCAAAGGGUAAUAAAUAAUCGUUAUUUCAUGCAACAACACUGGAACUUUCAAAAAUAAGUUCGUUUUUCAGGUCGAGUUACAAAAAAAUGGCGAAGACAUUCCAGAAGGCAACGACUUCAUCGACAUGUUUCUAGAUGCCUAUUCUGAAGAAGAUGUAGCUGAUGGCGCUUUCAGCAAAAAACAGGUCAGUUUAGUUGUAGCUGUAUUGAUUUCGUUCUCAUUAAGGUCGAGAAAAAAGUAACCGGACGAGAAAUCGCGGCUCAAUGUUUCGUCUUCCUACUCGCUGGAUUCGACACAACGGCUAACACACUGGCGUACACCUCCUAUCUUCUUGCCAAAAACCAGGAGGCAUUGAAAAAAGCUCAUCAAGAGAUCGAUGAAGUCUGCACUGAAGCGGUCAGACUCAUAUAAAAGCAGUCAGAACAAUUGUUCAACUUCCAGACCAUUAGCUAUGAACAAAUCAUGCAAUUGAAGUACUUGGACGCUGUUUCUAAAGAAGCCUUACGGCUGUAUCCUGUCGCAUCUUUGUGAGCUUUUCCCCGAAAAUCAUUUCAAAGUGAAUUUUUCAGUGCGAGCUCUCGAGAAUGCGUCGCGCCGACGACUCUUGGAGAUAUUCAAAUAGAAAAAGGAACACUCGUAGAAGCUGACGUCAUGACGAUUCAUCGAGAUAAAAACGUUUGGGGAGAAGAUGCUGAAGAGUUUCGUCCUGAAAGGUUGGUCUUUUCUCAGGGCUCAAUCCAGUUUCCGAAGGAUCAAGUUUUUGAUAAUUUCAACUUUCAGACUUGAAGACAAAGUCUUUGUAGUCUUUUUUUGAGAAAAUGUAGAUCAAGCUCAAGAUUUCACUUGAUUUUUAGAACUUUCAAACAAAAAACCGUGUUUUCGAGUCACAUUCUUUGAAUUUACAGAUGGUUCACCACUGAACGUCAUCUGAUGUCAUUCAUUCCAUUUGGAGCUGGACCACGUCAGUGCAUCGGAAUGCGGCUUGCCUUGGUUGAAAUGAAGCUGGCUUUGUGCCAUGUCCUCAAAAAGUACACUUUGACAUCAGGUCCAGCCACCGAGGUAUUCAGAAACGUGUGAAGAAAACUCAAACUGUGUUGUUUAGAAAGAACUCCGUCUUAGUGGAUGCUCAACGACUACACCAGAAAGCACUACAGUUUAUCUGAGAAAUCGAUAG